AGACAGUGCGGCGAAACACACACGGUGCAGGACAGUUCAAAUGCGACCCACUAUGGUGUUGACAUUCAACGCGCAUGCCAUCGCCUCAUCAUCACCAGACAAAGCAGAUGAACAAUUGCUGAGGACUAUGGCAGUCGCCGGUAAGAAAGCUUAUCCCAAGGCGACAUUGAAGAAGAUUGUCAAGGCGCAUGCCAAUCUGAACCUGAAAAAGAACGCCGAUGUCACGAUAUACCUCAACUAUGUUCUGUUUAUGGAAACGCUAGUGAAAGAGGCGGCCAUUGACUCGAAGCUGUACGGUGACAAGAAACUCGCUUCGCGCAGCGUGAAGAAGGUGACGAGGGAUACUCUAGCAAAGUUCAAGGGCUGAAAAGGCUUGUUUCCUGCACAUGUACAACGUCUAGUACACGCCUGUGAUGGCGAUGAUGCCCAUUGAGCCACGGCAGCCUCGACUAGAGCUUCAAGCCUGCGGUCUAGGCAUCAAAGGACCAUACGGAUUUCGCCAUGGUUACCUAUUGGUUGCUGCCACGAAAUGACGGCUGGUGUGCGCUUCCAAGGGCGUUUACUUGCUAGCGUGGGGACGCAGAAGAGUGUUUGUGGAAACACAAACAAAGCUCCCUGCAUGCGCCUGCUACAGCAGUGAUUUCAGCAAUGUUGCAAACAUUCGAUGAACCAUCACAGGAACCUGCCCGUGGUACCUCAAGCUCCCGAGCUCUCGUGCCGGAUUAUGUUGAGUUAGGUAGUUGUGGCGACGUCAAAGAUAUGGGUUGGUAGACGAAGAUGGAGGAGUCAUUCGUGCAUACCAGGACGGUGUGAUCAAUAGUCCAGAUAUCAACAUUGGUUUUGUCCGUGAUUCUAGAAAA